GCGAGUUGAGAAGGUGUGGGAAAGUGUAGGGAAAACUACUUCCCGCGAGACUAAGUGUUCCACGCAAUUGCUGUUCGAAUUUUUAUUCUACAAAAGUUAUUUGAAGCAUUCUUGUACAUUGACAGAUAAAAGAAAAGUGUGUUUCGUGCAGUGGCAAGAUUUUAAAGAAACAUUUGAUCUAGUUUAGUCAAAGAGUAUUUGAAUGCCAAUUUGAAAAUUGGACCUAAAGGAUGGAUACUUAACUAUGCUUAAUAUGAACAGAUAAGAUAAGAAGACUUGUUUAGAAAAUGAACGAUUCAAUGGCCGUUCAAAAGGGUGUCUGUUUCGAAGCAAAAUGGUUGGAUUAUUCCUCUCUCCUAAAGGUUAAAAGUUCUUUGAAAUCGCUUCUAAUUUAAAAAAAUUGACUCAUUUCAAGUCUUAUUAGCGAUUUUAUGAAUAUUAGCAACUUAAUAAUAAUUUUCUUUAAUAUUUUAAACUAUUUUAGAUAAAUUAAGAAAGACAAUUGUGCUCCCAUAGUUUAGUUAAUGGGGUAACUCACUCCUAAAUUUAUUUAUCGCUUUUCCGAAUAAACAGAGAUUCAUUUCACUGUAAAACUAAUCAUUACGGGAUUUGAUUAACAUUUAUGUUUCUAUUCAUCGAGUAGCUUUCAUAAAUGAUAGGGCAUAUACUUAAGAAGAAGAUUUCACAAAAUUGUCUUGUGGAUUUUUUAAAAUGAUCUUGGAUGAUAUUUUUACUGUUGUGAUAUUUGUGAGGUGACAGACAACAAAACUGUAUAGUAUCAUCACCUGGUAUAAUGAAAAAGAGUGUACUCGUGAAAUGAAACAAAUGAGAAGAAAUUUGUGAAUGAUCCAUAUUGAGUGAAAUAUUUUAAAGAAACCAACCUAAGCAAUGGUAAUACAACGGAAAUUGCGAAAUUUCGGAAACUCUGCGUCAGUUGUGGGGAUUAUAUUCGCCAUAUGCGGACUAGCAUCAGCUAAAGUGUUUUAUAAUGUAACCUGUGGCUCAGACAUGAUGCAGGUGACGCUGAAUCUUACAAAUCAACCACACUCCGUAGUGUACCUGCAAAACCUCAAGGGAUAUCCAGGCUGUGAGCCCAAAGUGAAAGACAGUUUGGUUAUAUUUCGCCUAAGCCUAAACGAUACUGGAGUACAUUGUGGAGUGUCCAAGAUGUUAAAUAAACAGACGGGACACAAUAUCUUCUACCACAAAGUCGUCAUCGAGAAGUCCAGUCAAAAAGAGAAAGAUCUGCUUUUCCUGCAAUGCGUCAUUCCUGGGGACUUUAACAUGGAGUUUGUGAGAUUGGAUUGGCUGAGGGAGAGCAUCCCGUACAAUUUCUCUCAGUCCAUAGCUCACUCUCUUAGUGUUGCUCCAGACAUUGUUCCUUAUGUCAACUUGGCUAUCAGAGAGAAGGGUCUGCAAUUAGAUACUAGCGCUAUCGUCCAUCCAGGAACAAUGCUCGACCUUCUCAUUUAUCUUGACAAACAAUCAUCAGCUCACUACGAUAUUUCAUUGAGGUAUCUGACACUCGCAGACGCCACAAGAAGUCAUGAAGAAGUAGUCGUUAUGAACGGAUGUUCUGUCGACCCCUUCGUGCUGGAUGUGUAUCCGCCGGUCGACGGCGUUUUGAGAUCCCAAUUUCGUGCCUUCAAGUUCCAGAGCUCAGACUUCGUCAUCUUUCUGGCCACAGUCAGCGUCUGCUUACAGCAAUGUGUGGAGGUGGAGUGUUACGGAGACGCCGAUCAGACGGGUCGUCGCAAACGGGAGAUUCCCAGAUUUCUUCCGCACUAUACGAACGAGGCUUUCGAAGUAGAAGUCUCCGCGUUUCUCAGACUGGAGCCGGAUGUCGAGGGAGACAUCAUCUUCGAAGAGAGUACAAAUGACACGUUGGACAUGUACGAUGCAGAUUACAGCGACGAAAUCGGAGAGCUGGUGGCUGGUAGCCUGACAGCUAAUUCUCAAUCACAUCCACUCAGUUUCGCCAGCAUGAUAAUCCUCACCAUAUGCGUGAUCAUCAGUACAGCGACAAGCUACCAAUCCUGAAAAUAAAUCUACGGUCUCGCACAGAUGAGGAGGCAAUUCUUGUCAAUCACGAAUCCAUGAAAAAUGAAUACGAAUGUCUAUUUAUCGUGACUUUGAUGAAAUGAGUGAAAAACGUAUAGUGAGUUAAAUAUAAUAAGAGUCAAAGACAUUUUUACCGGACCAGUGUUGACUGGUUACAUGCCUCAACUACUUUUAUCAUGUGAAUUGCAUAACUCUACAAAACACUGAAUCAGCGUUUGUGCAAAACAAUAACGAGUGUUCAGAAGGAAAGAGGACACAUUUUCGCAGCGGUUAUCUGUCAUUCGAAUUUUGCAUCUUAAAUACAAAAUACUGGGGAAAAACAUAAGAACAAUAACAACUGAUGUUGUAUUUUGCAACUUCUUCAAGAGAAGUGAAACGAAUCUUUUGGAUAUCUUAAUCAUCCCUCGGUGUGACAAUUAUAUCGUUAGGUGAAACUGUUGAUUUAAUAUCAAGAAAGAUCAGAGAUUCUAUAUAUGAAAAGUUAAUACGAUUGUAAAUCAUCAAAUAAAUACUUUUAUUGAGUGCGAA